UUCGCACUUCAGGUUUUUUUUAACGUUUGUGCAUUUGUGACAACAGUGACUUGCGACUUUAUUUGCGCCUGGAUUUACCAAAGUUCACCGAGUUUUACAUUGAGUUAUGCAUUUACCAAACAACAACAAUCUCAUGAAGAUGACCGACAUGUACGCAACACUUCAAGAAUCCCUCCAAGAAUGCCACGGAGAAUUAGUUCAAACUGGAUCACCGGCUGUUUUAUGCAGCGCUUUGCCAACACAUUGGAGAUCUAAUAAGUCUCUUCCUAUCGCAUUCAAAGUUGUUUCUUUGGACGAGGUCCCCGAUGGCACGUUGGUUACCUUGAAAGCCGGAAACGACGAAAACUAUUGCGCCGAAUUAAGAAAUUGCACCGCCGUCAUGAAGAAUCAAGUCGCCAAAUUCAACGAUUUGAGAUUUGUCGGCAGAAGCGGCAGAGGCAAGAGCUUCAGCUUGACCAUCACCAUCACCUCCGCACCGUUCUACCAAAUCGCUACAUACAACAAAGCCAUCAAAGUUACAGUAGACGGACCCCGCGAACCAAGAACCAAAUCAAAUUACCAAUACGGCUACGGACUUCCCGGCAUGCCAGGCGGUUUCAACCCCUUCUUGCUGAAUCCCCAAUGGUUAGACAGCGCGUAUUUGUCCUACGCCUGGCCAGAUUAUUUCAGACAAAGACCCAGUCUCCCCACACCCGCGCAAUAUUUGCACGGAUCGCCCACUGCCCAAGGAAAUUAUCCCCAACCGAACUUCUUGCCCGGAAACGGCGGCCUUCUUCCGCAUUUACCUGCCGGCGACUUCACCAAAAUGCCAACCUUCGACACAAUCCACUUGAGACCCAUGGCCCAGAAUCCGAUGGACCAGUUGAGCGUCCGGGUCAGUCCGGUAUCGCACAGCCAAAGUGUGACACCGGAACUGAGUGCACAGGAAACGAAAAUCAAUUCAACGAUUAACGAUCACAGCAGCCAAAGCGAAGACGAGGAAGAGAUCGAAAUCGAUAUCGACGUGAAAUCGGCUUUCGUUCCGUUGAAGCCAGCCUCGGAGUUCCUGAAGGAAAUUCAAGCCCCCGACAGUACGGUUACCGAUGAGGGUUUCUUGAAGAAGAAAUUGAAAUCGCCAAGCGCCCUGUCUGUUAGAUCGAUGUCGCCCAAUACCAAAAUCCAUUCGUCCCCAUCUUUGAACCAGCCAAAAGCAGUUUGGAGACCGUAUUAGUCGUCGAAUUUUCUCUCUUCAGUUUCUGUUGCAAUACGAAGUCAUUUGUAUAUAUUAACCUUUUUUUUAAUUUAUUGUGAAUAUUGUAUAUAAAAUUAUUUAUGUGUUAGUCAAUUUAUGAAAUUUUAACACUGUACUACAAAUGUGAUAGGUAGCCAGAUUUAUAUUAGAAUUUUAGAUAUUUUUGUACAAACAUUGACCAUAGAGA